AAUAAUUAGAUCUAGGAAUCUGUCCCAAAAUCGUAAUUUACCCGAUCUAACACGUGGGACACCCUGCGACUCAAAUUUUUGUAAACGCUCAAUACAUAUAUGGCUCUGAUUCUUAAUAAUUCCUGCGUCUUACCCCNCCCUCCGCAUAAGAAUUUCCGAGGCGCAUUUUAUCACCUGAUCUGGCCAGUUGACCGCUGUGCUGUUUAAAUACUAAAGAGUGGUUGGUUUUGUAGUUAGUUAACAGAAACCUGCGCGCGAUGAAAUCUCCAAUUUUGUUGGUCUGUCUAUUUGGCCUCACUUUUGUAGGCAGUCGCAAGAUAGAUGAUCCAUCCAAGCUCCGAGUGAAGUUGCUCGGACCAAUUCCUUCAAAAAUGGACGAAAAAGCUAUGAUGGAUGACGAAGAAAUCGCUAAGAUGGAUGAAGAAAAAGAUGCUAUGAUGGAAGAUGAAGUAAAGGCUAAGAUGGAUGACGAAGAAAAAGCUAUGAUGGAUGACGAAGUAAAAGCUGUGAUGGAUGACGACGAAAAAGCUAUGAUGGAGGAUGAAGAAAAGGCUAUGAUGGAUGAUGAAGAAACGGCUAUGAUGGAUGAAGAAGAAAAGGCUAUGAUGGAUGAAGAAGAAAAGACUAUGAUGGAUGACGAAGAAAAAGCUAUAAUGGAUGACGAAGAAAAAGCUAUGAUGGAUGACGAUGACGAAGAAAAAGCCAUGAUGGAUAACGAAGAAAAAGCUAUGAUGGAUGACGGAAAGAAAGUUAUAUUGGAGGAUGAAGAGAAAGCGUUGAUUGAUGAAGAAAAGAAAGCCAUGUUGAGUGACGAAGAGAAAGCUAUGAUGGAAGAAGAAAAGAAAGCCAUGUUGAGUGAUGAAGAGAAAGCUAUAAUGGAAGAAGAAAAGAAAGCCAUGUUGAAUGAUGAAGAAAAAGCUAUGAUGGAAGAAGAAAAGGAAGCCAUUUUAAGUGAUGAAGAGAAAGCUAUUAUGGAAGAAAAGAAAGCUAUGAUUGGUGAGAAAGAGCAAGUCAUAGUAAGUGACGAAGAAAAAUCCGUAGAUGAAAAUUCAGAAGAGAAAGUCAUGAAUAAUGAAAAAGAAGAAAAUCCCGCAAUUAAAGAAUUUGACAUCUUUUCUAUUUUCAACCAUGCUCUAGAAGCUCUAAGUUUGGAAAACGAGAAACUAUUCCCAAAUGAAACGGACAACGACAUAUUAAUCGAUGCCAAUAUGACUGACGAAGCAAUUGGUCCUGGAAACGACACCGAAGAAGAGCAAAUCAUUUUCUUUUUCCCUCUGUUCCCUCUUAUACCCUCCUAUAUAUCCAUCCCUCCACUACCGGCAAUCCCUGAGCUUUAGUUCCCAAAUGGAGAAGGCUGUCCAUGGAGUCCAUGUUAAUUUAUGGGCUGCUGCGAGUUUUUGCAAGUUUGGAGAAAUCCAUUCUUCUGGUAUUAAAUAUAUAUACAAUACGUUGUAAAAUUAUAGAUAAAUAUAUCAGUACUGAAAUCCAA